AGUAUGGAUGGAUUUCCAUGGAUGGUUAGUGGUGAUUUCAACAUCUUUCUGUACCCCGAUGAGCGUGUGGGUGGCCGCACGGACCGGUCUUGGGAGAUGUGGGACUUUGUUCAGACUGUGGCGGACUGUGAGUUGAUAGAUGCUGGAUGUGAGAGUGAUCCCUUCACAUGGGUUAGGGACGACCUCAAAAAGAGGCUCGACCGUGCUUUGGUCACUGAGGCAUGGUCGGAGAUGUUUGCGGUUACGGUCGUCACGCAUCUCACUCGAUUUAGGUCUGAUCAUUCACCCCUCCUCAUUAGGUGUCGUUUUUCGAGUAUUCCCCGCCAAGCUUCCUUUAGGUUCCAAAACAUGUGGGUUCGCCACCACUCUUUCCAUGACACUGUUAGGGAUUCCUGGCUUCAACCGACUGGGCUCUUCGGGAUGCACAAUCUCGAGGCUAAGCUCGGCAGAUUGCGGCGUAGGUUGAGACAGUGGAACUGGGAUGUUUUUGGAAACCUCCAUCAACGCCUUCCUGCGGCACAGAGUGCGCACGUGGAGGAUGAGCGGGUGGUCGUGGCCGCGGAGAAUUCUUUGGUCGCGGCCACGGCGAUGAAUAGGUACCUUCACAGAUUUUGGGGGAUUGCUCAAGAAACUGGUUUCUUGUCAAGAAACCAGUUUCUUGGCAAGAAUUCUGUUUCUUGGCAAGAAACCAGUUUUCGCUCAAGAAACCAGUUUCUUGGCAAGAAACUAGUUUCUUGGCAAGAAACCAGUUUCUCGCUCAAGAAACGAGUUUCUUGGCAAGAAACCAGUUUCAUGGCAAGAAACCUGUUUCUCGCUCAAGAAACCAGUUUCUUGGCAAGAAACAUGUUUCUUGGCAAGAAACCUGUUUCUUGGCAAGAAACCUGUUUUUCGCUCAAGAAACCAGUUUCUUGGCAAGAAACCUGUUUCUUGGCAAGAAACCUGUUUUUCGCUCAAGAAACCAGUUUCUUGGCAAGAAACCAGUUUCUUGUCAAGAAACCUGUUUCUUGGCGAGAAAGAAACAAUUUAGCUACUCAUAGCGAUCUCAACACAAACAUUCAUAUUAAACAAAGCCAUGACAUUCAUGAAUUAAACGAAAAUAGAAGCUUACGAUUAAUACGAAGGUUCAACGUCAAAAUCCGAGUGCAAACGAAUCCGAAAAUAACAAUCUUGGAGUUUUUCACACUCAAAGAUGAGUUCCUAUCAAAAAGUAAGAGAAAAAUAUGUUCUGGAGUACAAAAGUGCGAACAACAUUCAAAACUAGGAUAUAACAUAAUGAAAACCUCACAUAAAAGUUUGCUUUACUGUAUACCUCAACACAUGGCUAAGGCGUAUGAUAGAGUGGAGUGGCUGUUUCUUAGGGAGGCACUGGCUAGGAUGGGAUUCCCUGAGCGAUGGAUUAGCUUUGUUGAGGCGUGUGUGGAGCAUUGCACGUUCUCGGUUCUGGUUAAUGGUAGCCCCACUGAUUUUUUUCCUUUGUCUAGAGGCCUUAGACAGGGAGACCCCCUUUCCCA